AUGAAUCCUUCACUCUUCCUGACUGCCCUUUGCUUGGGAAUAGCAUCAACUGCUCCAAAACUUGAUGGAAGUUUAGAUGCACAAUGGAACCAGUGGACGGCAACACACAGGAAACUAUAUGGUUUGAAUGAAGAAGAGUGGAGGAGAGCAGUGUGGGAGAAGAAUAUGAAAAUGAUUGACCUGCACAACCAGGAAUACAACCAAGGGAAACAGAGCUUCACCAUGGCAAUGAACGCUUUUGGCGACAUGACCAGUGAAGAAUUCAGGCAGGUGAUGAAUGGCCUUCAAAAUCAGGAGCACAAGAAAGGGAAAGUGUUUGGGGAACCUCUCUUUGCCGAGAUCCCCCCAUCUGUGGAUUGGAGAGAGAAAGGCUAUGUAACUCCUGUGAAGAAUCAGGGUCACUGCGGUUCUUGUUGGGCUUUUAGUGCAACUGGUGCCCUCGAAGGACAGAUGUUCCGGAAAACUGGCAAACUUAUUUCACUGAGUGAGCAGAACCUUGUGGAUUGCUCUCAGUCUCAAGGCAAUAGAGGCUGCAAUGGGGGCCUAAUGGAUAAUGCCUUCCAGUAUGUAAAGUACAAUGGAGGCCUGGACUCAGAGGAAUCCUACCCAUAUCAUGCCGAGGAUGAAUCCUGCAAAUACAAGCCAGAGGAAUCUGUUGCCAAUGACACUGGCUUUGUGGACAUCCAUCAGCAGGAGAGGUCCCUUAUGAAGGCAGUGGCAACAGUGGGGCCUAUUUCCGUUUCUAUAGAUGCAAGCCAUUACAGCUUCCAGUUCUAUAAAGAAGGCAUUUAUUAUGAUCCAGAGUGCAGCAGCCAAGAGCUGGAUCAUGGCGUUCUGGUGGUUGGCUAUGGCUUUGAAGGAGCUGAAUCAGAUAACAAUAAAUAUUGGAUUGUCAAGAACAGCUGGGGUACAGCUUGGGGUGAGAAGGGCUACAUAAAGAUGGCCAAAGACCGGAACAAUCACUGUGGAAUUGCCACCUCGGCCAGCUACCCUAUUGUGUGAGAUGAUGGUAAUGAAGAAAGACUUCACUGAGAACAGGAUAUCCAGAGGUGGAAUUUUAUCUUAAAACUGACCACGCCUUAUUGUGCGGGAUAAAAUACUUGAAUCGUUGAAGAUCCAAGUUGUGAUUUGAAUUCUGACAUAUUACACUGGUAAAAUGUUACCACUUCUUUAAUAACUGCUGUAAACAGCUUUGUCUGACUGACUUGCCUAAUAACUUUUAAAUUCCAUGUUUUAAAAGCAUAUAAAAAGCUUUACCUUUGAAAA